GGACUUCUGAUAGUAGAAGGGUAGACUUCGUGACCCUGCUUUAUCUACUGGUCGACGAAGAUUAACAACAGCUACAACAACAAGGGGCGAAGGUGCCGACCCUGCGAUCUUGAUGGACGAAGAUGAAAUCGAAUGACAAUGAUCCUCUAGGGGAAAAGAUCUUCAUUGAAGACAAUGAUCCUCUAGGGGAAAAGAUCAUCGAUUGUUCUUGCGUUGUCUUUAUCAACGACGAUCAUGGCGAUCUGGAUGAG